AUGCCGAUCGAGGCCCUUCCACAGAGCACCGCCAGGGCAAUUGGCUCCACAUCUGUCAUUUCCGAUGCAUACUCUGUGGUUAAGGAGCUCGUGGACAAUGCACUAGAUGCGUCUGCCUCUUCUUUGCAAAUUGAAAUCUCCCAAAACACCGUGGACAUUAUACAACUUAAGGACAACGGUCAUGGGAUUCCUCCCGCAGACCAAAAGAUUGUUUGCAAGCGAUCCUUCACCAGCAAAAUUCAAACACUAGAUGACCUGAGAAACGUCGGUGGCUCUUCAUUGGGGUUUCGUGGGGAAGCCCUGGCUAGUGUUGCUGAGAUGUCGGGGGCGGUCAGCGUCACCACACGAGUUGAAUCUGAAGUUGUUGGAGUAUGUGUAAAAUAUGGAAGGGAUGGAGAGGUAACUGGGACACAGAGGAUAUCUCACCCGGUUGGGACUACUGUGCGCAUCACAGACUUUCUCAAACACAUCCCUGUCCGCAGGCAGACCACGCUAAAGAGCGCCGCGAGGAGUCUGACCAGGAUAAGAAAACUCCUACAGUCAUAUGCUAUAUCCCAGCCAUCAAAAAGGCUUUCUCUGAAAGUUCUCAAAGCCACCAACGAGAACAACAAUUGGUCAUAUGCACCAAGUACGAACCCCUCACUGCUGGAUGCGACGCUCAAAGUGGCUGGUAAGGACAUAGUCUCUUCGUGUGUACUCAAACAGCUUUGCUCUGAGACGGCGGCGGAGAUGACUGAAGCAACAUCGCCAGAGCGGAGGACGUUGGAAGUGGUAGCCUUUCUUCCAAACACCCAACCUGAUACGACCAAAAUUAAUAAUACAGGCCAAUACAUCAGUGUGGAUGGUCGCCCUCUUUCUAACAGCAGGGGCAUCGGGCAGGAAAUUGCCAAAAUAUACAAGUCUUAUAUCCGUUCUGUCGCUUCAAAAAGCGAGACCCAAAAGUCAAUCAGCGAUCCAUUCUUGGCUUUACACAUUCUUUGUCCCCGGGGAACUUAUGAUGUGAACAUCGAACCAGCAAAGGAUGAUGUCAUGUUUGAAGAUCGAGACUCCGUUUUGACAUUGAUAACAAACCUCUUUCGGGAGCAUUACGGAGAGUCAGAUGGCGGAGAGAAGACCAAACAUCAAAAGAAAAAGGAUGAUGUUCACAAGUCUAACCAGACUUCCAGCGGCUUUGAUCUUCUUAUGGCAAGAAGAUCAGUUGCCGAGCCUCAAGCAGAAGUCAUUGGCUCUAAUGAACCUGUUAGCGACACUGCACCCAACGAAUCAUUACAAAGACGAAGUCUUUUGGAACCUGUUAUAUUGUCAAUUAACAGUUCCGAACAUGAACGAGGCCACGCCCCCGAGGGCUCAAAUGGGAACAAAGCCAAGCGUCCUGGGACCAUAAACCCCGAAAGUAUCGCUAGGAUCAAUGCAUCUUUCCGCACACCACGAAGUGAAAACCCCAAUCGGAUCAGCCCAAGGCCCGGUAGCUCAUUGAAUGAGACUCCCACGCGAACAAUGAGAAGACAUAGUGGAAUGUUUCCCGCUCAGCUCUUGCCCAUAAUAUCAACGCUACCAAGCCCCCCAACUACCAGACGUACUUUGGGGUCACCAAUUAGCCAACGUCGCGAACAACGACAUGGGCCAGCAAGCUCAUCACCGGAAACAAAUCGCAUGACGAGCUUCCGCCGCGCAGAUAGGGAGCGUGAUCGUGAGCGCUAUGGGAACGGGGCGCUUGACACCUGGUUUCAGAGGACCACACAAAUUUCGCUGGAGCAGACCCCCGUUACACAGUUAGAGCCUUCCCAAGAAGCAAUUGAGGAGCCAUUGUCAUCCCUCGCACAGCAACGGUUUGGGAUCUCGCACAACCCGCCGCAUGAUGGCGCAGAUCACCAAGAGCAAACUCACUCUCUCUCGCCAUCUUCAGAGGAGCCUUCCCCUCGUCAGUCUCCACCAAACCAGCCCUCGCCUCUAGAUGACCAAUUCGAUGGUAAUCCAGUCUCAAUGGACAGUGGACGAGGAUUCCCAGUCCUCGAUAGAUGGGCUGCUCAGCUUCACAAGGACGGCGCCCGCCCGGAGCCAAUCGAUCUGGAAAAAGCACUGGAUUUCGAGAAGCGCAAGAAAGAAGCUAUUCAAGCUAGGCGAUUACAGUUUCGAACUAGUGAAAUAUCGCCGGACCCAGAGCUUGCGCCGAUACCACCUUCCUCUCAAAAUAGUCGGUAUCUCGCCGCCAAAGCCGCGUUGACAUCGACGGAUGUAUCAAUUGCGGAGCCCGUCGUGGUGUCGAAGCUCGCUCCUCAUGAUCCGAGAGCUUAUUUGAUGCGCCAACAAGAGUCCUCUGCCGCGAAUGAGUCUGUAGCGAAUGGCACUAAGGUCAAAAGGUCAUUGAUCAAUCGACUUCCCUUUGAAAGGAUACCCGAUGGCCUCGACAUGCAUAAUUUGUCUGUUUCUUGCUCAGUGAACUUGGCGCCAAACUUUUGCUCUUUCAAACCGUGUCCGCGCGAAGACAAUUACGCCCACCCAGGGCCCGAACCUACAGCUUUCUCGUCACCCGAGGUGAAAGAAUACCUCCCCCUCUGGAAUGAACGCCUGGAGCGUAUCAUGAAAGAGAAAUAUGAAUCCAAAGACGCUUCGCAAAAAGACGUUUCGCAACCACCGCGACCGGCGAUUGAUCUCUCUUCAAUUAUUGAUAAACACAUCAACUCUUUUGCGGAAACAUGA